CUAGUUUUCAACCGGACAGUAAAUUUUCGCCGGGACAUGAACACAACAUGAUGGAUUUAUGACAGACUUCACCCAAAGCUGCGCUGCCACAGAUCCGACAGGCUUCUUCUCUCCUAAACUGACUUUGACUCUUGAAUUCAGGAUGACUUUAUUUUUGCUAUUCAUUUUAUUAACUGUUGAAAGGAGUCGGUCAGUGGUGUCGGGACAGGGCAGCGUUUACACAAACCACUGGGCAGUGCGGAUCACAGGUGGUCAGGAACAAGCUGAUAGAAUCGCAGCUAAAUAUGGAUAUAUAAACUUUGGACAGAUAGGAAGCCUGGAGGACCAUUACCAUUUCCACCACAGCAGAGUGGUUCGCAGAGCUGCGAUCUCUUUGAAGGGCCCCCACAGCUUCAUCCAUAUGGAUCCUGAGGUGGACUGGGCUCAGCAGCAGGUGGUUAAACCACGAGUAAAGAGGCAUAUCCAAAAUGACCCAAGCUUCAUUCAUUUCAAUGACCCUAAAUGGUCCAACAUGUGGUACAUUCACUGCAACGAUAAGAGCAGCCGUUGUCGUUCAGAGAUGAACAUCCUAGCAGCCUGGCAGAGGGGCUACACCGGCAAGAACGUGGUGGUCACCAUAUUGGAUGACGGCAUCGAGAGGAACCAUCCAGAUCUGGCUCAGAACUAUGACCAUCUAGCAAGUUAUGAUGUCAAUGGAAGAGACCAUGACCCUUCACCACGUUACAACUCCCGCAAUGAAAAUAUACAUGGGACUCGGUGUGCAGGGGAAGUUGCAGCGGCGGCCAACAACUCCCACUGCAUUGUUGGGAUUGCCUAUAAUGCUCACAUUGGAGGUAGAGUUCCCCAUUUCUCACUUACUCAAUGUGGGAUUCGGAUGCUGGAUGGUGAUGUGACUGAUAUGGUAGAGGCCAUGUCCCUGGGAAUCCGACCCGACUACAUCGACAUCUACAGUGCCAGCUGGGGGCCAAAAGACGAUGGCAAGACAGUGGACGGCCCAGGGUUGCUAACGAAGAAGGCUUUUGAGCAUGGCAUCAAGAAGGGCCGCAAAGGCCUGGGCUCCAUUUUUGUCUGGGCGUCAGGUAACGGUGGACGGCAGGGUGAUCACUGUUCAUGUGACGGCUACACCAGCAGCAUCUACACCAUCUCCAUCUCCAGCACCACAGAGAACGGGAACAAGCCGUGGUACCUGGAGGCCUGCAGCUCCAUCAUGGCCACGACAUACAGCAGUGGAGAGUUUCACGAGAGGAAGAUCGUGACCACUGACCUCCGACACCGCUGCACUGAUGGUCACACUGGCACCUCUGUCUCUGCUCCUAUUGUGGCUGGAGUCAUUGCUCUCGCCCUGGAGGCCAACCUCUUGCUGACAUGGAGGGAUGUGCAACAUCUUCUGGUGAGAACGUCCAGACCAGUCCACCUGAAAGCUGAUGACUGGAAGACCAAUGCGGCGGGACUCAGAGUCAGCCACCUGUAUGGUUUUGGCCUGGUGGAUGCAGAGGCCAUGGUGCUGGAGGCUAGGAGGUGGAGGACUGUUCCUCCUCAGCACACCUGCACUCGGAUACCUGAGAGACGCACCAGGUACAUCCAUGCUGGCCAGAGUCUGAACAGUAACAUCACCACUUCUGGAUGUUCAGAAGACGCUGAGCAGCACGUGGCUUACCUGGAGCAUGUGGUGGUCAAGGUUGUGAUUGCCCACCCACGAAGAGGAGACCUGGAGAUCAACCUCAUCUCUCCGUCUGGGACGAGAUCGCAGCUACUGGCCAAGAGGUUGUUUGACAGCUCCAGUGAGGGCUUCAGGAACUGGGAGUUCAUGACCGUUCAUUUCUGGGGUGAGAGGGCUGAGGGCACAUGGACUCUGGAGAUUGUUGACUCACCAUCAAAACUACGCAACCCUGAGGUGCUGGGCAACCUUAAAGAAUGGACACUGAUCCUUUAUGGCACAACUCAGAACCCUUACCCACCCAACAGUGCUCAGCACUCCCGUUCAAGGAUGCUGGAGAUCCCAGACGAGAUCCUGGAGGAGCCAGAGCUGGAAGAGGAAGAUGAGUACAAUGGACCAUGCCACAGUGAGUGUGGAGACCAGGGCUGUGACGGACCAGGUACUGCACACUGCCUCAACUGUGUCCACUUCAGCUCAGGCAGCUUGAAAAGUGGCAGAACCUGCGUGAGCCACUGUCCACUGGGACACUACGGGGACAUAGCGUCUCAUCGCUGUAGACGCUGCUAUAAAGGCUGUGAGGGAUGUGUCGGCCGAUCAGCAGGCGAGUGUCUCUCCUGUCGAAGAGGCCUUUACCUCAACACACUCAACUCCAGCUGCAGCGAUGCCUGCCCUCCAGGUUACUUUGCCGAUGAGAAUCAGAGACAGUGUCUGAAGUGUCACGACACCUGUUCAAGAUGCCUGAGGUUUGCAGACAGAUGCACUGCCUGCAGUGAAGGCUACAGUCUGGCAGGGAUGACUUGUGUCCCUGAAUGCACCAAUGGGACCUUUUUCCACCUGGAAGAGAUGACCUGCAGUCCAUGUCAUUCCUCUUGUAGGACAUGUACAGGGCCGGGUAAGGAGGAGUGUAUCCUGUGUGCUGAGCGCUACCUGCAGCAGGAGUGGAGGUGUGUGCAGACCUGUAGUCCUGGCUAUUACUCCGGAGAGGCAGCAGGAGUCCCUCAUAAGAUGUGUCACAGGUGUGAGGAAAACUGUCUGAGCUGCAACGGCCCUGGAACGACUUGCACCAGAUGCAAAGAGGGUUACAGUCUGGUCAGCAGGACUUGUAUUGUGAAUGCAUCGUGUCAUAAUGCACAACUCUGAUCUGAUGACGCAUCAUCGGCAGCUGUACCAUUUCUGAUUGUUUCAGAUCCUCUAAUAGACAAAUGCCACUGCUAAACUGUUUAUAUCUGCUGAUUUCUCACAGCAGGACUGUGAAGUGUUAAAAAUUUAACACACAGCAGGUGAAAGCAAAAAACAAAACAAAAAAAAACUUGAAUUGGCACUUGUAAUGGAGAGUUUAAAGUUUGUAUUUAAUUAAAGGUAUACUAUGCAGGAUUGUUGGUUACUAAUUGUAAACGUAGUUGCCAGCAAAAUUUAAAGUUAAGUUAACCUCAUAUUUACCGGUUUGCCGUUUUGCUUCGCCUUAGUUGCUUUUUUUUGUUUGUUUAUGCCUCCAUGCCGUGCCAUGUUAAGGAUGCCUUCAGGGAAGUUUUUUCAAAUUUGGCGCAAAUGUCCACAUGGACUCAACGAUAAAAUGAUUUGUUUAGGUGGUCAAGGGUCAGAGGUCAAGGUCACUGUGACCUUGUCUGUCUCGUUUUUGUGGAUGUGAUAUUUCAAGAACACCAUGAAGAAAUUUCUUCAGAUUAGGCCACGUGGUCACUUGGACUCAAUGAUGAACUGAUUAGAUAUUGAUGGUCAAAACUCAAGGUCACUGUGACUUUGCAUCUGUCUCAUUCUUAUGAACACGAUAUCUCAAGAUAACCCUCAGGGAGUUUCUUAAAAUUUGACACUGACGUCCACUUGGUCUUCAGAAUAAAGUGAUUUGAAUAUUGUGGUCAAAGGUCAAGGUCACUGUGACCUCACAAAAUAUAUUUUUGGUCAUAACUUAAGAAUUCACAUGCUAGUUAUGACAAAGCAAAUAUCUAACAGGAUAAAAUAAUGAAGUGAUGACAUUUUCCAUCUAAAAGGUCACCUUCACUGUGACAUCAUAAUGUUCGGUAUAAAACACUUUUCUGUCCAUUACUCAACACCAUAUCUCAUUACAGAAGGAGAAAUAUUUGGUCAGAUGCUUAAUUGGUGACACUCAUUUGGUGUCCACCUUGAAGCUGUGCUGAUUGUAUUGAUCCUCUGGGUGUAAAGCAUCCAUGUUUUCACAGACAUCAUAGAUGUAAACUGUAAGAAAAACCUGACUGGUGCGCGGAGGCAUUCAACUGCAGGACAGUAAUUCUAGUUUCAGCCCUGUGUCUCUUGGAUUCCUGCUGCUUCCUUUAGUCUAGCAUCUGGUCACCACCUUUUUUUUUUAAAGCCCCGACAUCACCUGAGCGCUGUGGAGGUACACAUCCAUAAAAGUCCCCAAGACAGAAAAUAAGAAACUACAGGCAGAGGGCAGAGUCUCUGCAGAAACACACACCACCACACACACCUAGUGGGUCAUAAGUGAUUAUUUCUGUAUAACAUCUGUAAUAUCCUGCACAGUAUACCUUUAAGCUCAUUCUCUGCUUCUGCAUCAAUCUGUCUGUCAGCUGAUGAGGUGUUCUGUGAGAUGGUCAAGUCCAACCGUCUCUGUGAGAAGAAGCUUUACCGUCAGUUCUGCUGCCGCACCUGUCUGAUGAACGGAUGACGAGCCAACCACCU